GACAGAGAGAGAGAGAGAGAGAGAGAGAGACAGAGAGAGAGAGAGAGAGUCUAUAAACUCGGCUCACAGAUUUUGGGGGGUGAAGUCAUGUUUUCACUCUGCCUGCCCCUCCUCUUGCUCCUCCCCCUUUCUCAGACCGCACCCCCUUCGGAUGCCCCGCCCACUCAGCACUGCGCGCGGUGCUGUGACCACUUGGAGUACCAGUCUUCACCACCAGAGGGGGGUGACACGCCACCCGCAGGGAAAUACAUUGUGCCGGAGAUCAGACCUUAUAUUAACAUGACCAUACUGAAAGGUGAGAAAGGAGAGCGGGGCGAGAGAGGCACCCCGGGCAAAUCCGCCAAAGACGGGCCGCCCGGUUCCCAAGGACCCCCGGGUCCCAAAGGCAGCAAGGGUCAGACGGGCGUCCCGGGAGACGCCUGCAAGCACGAGCACGCCGCCUUUUCGGUCGGGCGCAAGAAAGCCUUCCACAGCGCCGAGCAGCACCAGGCCCUGGUGUUCGACACGGUCUUCGUGAACCUGCACGGGCACUUCGACAUGUUCGGGGGCCGAUUCCACUGCCACCUGCCCGGGCUCUACUACCUCAACCUCAACCUGCACACCUGGAACUUCAAGGAGACCUACGUCCACCUCAUGCACAACGACCGCGAGCUGGUCAUCCUGUACGCCCAGCCCAGCGACAGGUCCAUCAUGCAGAGCCAGAGCGUCAUGGUGCAGCUGCGGGACGGGGACCAGGUCUGGGUGCGGCUCUACAAGCGAGAGCGACAGAACGCCGUCUACAGCGACUCCAACGACAUCUACAUCACCUUCAACGGGUACCUGAUCAAACCCGGUCCCGACUGAGCCUCCGU